GGGUUAGAGGCAACUCGUGAGGCUAGAAACCCGAGCGUGGUCGGUUGGAGCAAAUAUGUCUGUCCGGAGGCACAUUGGGAAUCCUGAGUAUCUGACCAAAAGGAUACCACAGAAUCCAAAAUAUCAGCAUGUCAAAUCAAGACUGGACACUGGUAACAGUAUGACAAAAUACAUUGAGAAGCUAGAAGAGAUCAAAAAAAAUUAUAGAUAUAAAAAAGAUGAACUUUUCAAGAGACUGAAAGUUACCACUUUUGCCCAGCUGGUUAUCCAGGUAGCUUCCCUAUCUGAUCAAACACUGGAAGUGACAGCUGAGGAGAUUCAGAGGCUCGAAGACAAUGAUUCUGCAAACUCAGAGCCAGAUGCAGAAAUCUCUACUGGAACCAAUGGGAAAGGGAGCCCGGGAGAGCAGUCACCCAGCCCUGUCCAGUUCAUCAACAGCACAGGAGUGGGGGAAUCCAGUCGCUCUACUCUUCAGAGUGUUAUCAGUGGUGUUGGGGAACUGGAUCUAGACAAAGGUCUAGCGAAGAAAGCAGAGCCAAACACCAAAGACAGGCCUUACCCUGACUGCCCCUUCCUGCUGCUAGAUGUACGUGAUAGAGAUUCCUACCAGCAGUGCCACAUCAUUGGAGCCUACAGUUACCCAAUUGCAACUCUCUCUAGAACGAUGAAUCCUUAUUCAAAUGAUAUUCUUGAAUAUAAAAACGCCCACGGCAAGAUUAUCAUUCUGUACGAUGACGAUGAGAGGCUGGCCAGCCAGGCAGCCACCACCAUGUGCGAGCGCGGGUUUGAAAACCUGUUCAUGCUUUCCGGAGGUCUGAAAGUCUUAGCUCAGAAAUUCCCAGAAGGACUAGUUACUGGUUCCCUGCCAGCCUGUUGCCAGCAGGCUCUUCCUCUUGGUUCUACCCGGAAACGAUCCAGCCCCAAAGUGCCGACCUUACCAGCUGAAAACAAAUGGCGAUUCACCCCAGAAGACUUAAAAAAGAUAGAAUAUUAUCUGGAAGAGAACCAGGGUCCAGCAGACACCUCUAGCCGACUGAACCAGAGUAACUCCCAGGGAAGAGACUCCAAGGUGCCUGCUUCCCGCACCAGUCAGAGCCUGCCAGCCGGGACCCCUGCCAGCCACUCCAACCCUCGCACACUCAGCAGUGGCCACAUCCAGGGCAAACCCUGGAAGUAGACUUUGUCUCACGUAGUCAAAUAAAUGUUUCCCCUCCUCUCAGAACCCUGAGCUUCCCAUGUUGGUCAUUUUGUGCAGUAGAGGAAAGACAGUGGUAUGGGAUAGGCCCUCCUCCCUCUCUCUGUCUCCAUCUCUUCCUUCAGCCAGCUGGGAAGGGACUUUGACAGAUGACCACAAAAGCCAGAGGUGUAACAGGCUCUAGAGUCCUCCCUGUGUUUACAGAAUAGUUAAGCCUUUUGAGUCUGGAUAGGGAAAAAGGACACCUCCACCCCUUAAAAAAAGAAACAUAUAUAUAUAUAUAUAAGGUUCAGCUUGUUUGGUCUAUACCCAGUGGUGUUUUGUAAAUACUUCAGUCACAUCUGCUGGUGUGUUCCUCCCAACCAGUUUUUUUUCAUUCACUAUUGAAUUCCUGGAAGAUUCUCCAGGUGGGCUUGGCGCAGGCCCCUGUCCCCCAGGGCCGAACAGGCCGCACACCAAGCACAGGCGCUGGCUGAGGCUUGUUCAGCCCGGCAUGCUGCAGGCUCCAUUGGGAGUUCAGAAGCCGCUCGUUGCCUGUGAGCUGGACUUAGUUUUGCAAUUUUGUCGAAAAGCUCUGCACUUAACUGAAUGUUCUCUCCAGUUUCAGUUGAUUCCCGGGGCCAUCAAGGGGUAGGUUCAGCUGCCUUCACACCAGAAGGAUCCCAUAGGAUGGCCUGGCCAUGGUACAAGCCUGUACUGAGAGCCCCUAGAAGCCACCACAACCACUGAGGACUGUGUGUUGCUAUCUCAGUUGUAAAUUUCCAUCACCUGAUUUGGGUCCAUCCAUAUGAGAUGGGUGGAAAUCAUAGCCACUUGAAAAAGACAGCUUUGCUCAGGCAAUUGGGAAACACAAUAGGUGAGGGGGACUUUAGAGUCCUUUGUCAGGGCUGACAACCCCCAUAAGCCCUUGCUUAAAAAUACAGUAUUAGUCUAAUUGAGUAAUUAGUGCAAUUUCCUGCUUGCUUUUCAUUCUCAUGGCUGAGCUGUGAUUAGGAGGUUGUGAUUAUAGAUUCUGGUUUGGGCCGGAAUUUUGAAUCAGCAUUAAUUGAAUUGCUAGAUGACUGACAUUCAUUCUAUUUAAUUGGGGGAACAGAAGACCUCAGGUAAGGAUGAGGAACUCGGAAAUCACAUGGAAAAGGAAAAAAGCCUUGUUAAUUUUUAUGGUCUGUGAUUGUAGCUGUGAUAAGAGACUAAGGAAUAAAUUGUGCUCUUUGUCAUGGCAACCAGCUUCUGAAAAGCCAACUGAAAAUUGCCCAUCCUUAGGUGGUUCCUGCUGCUGGGUAAGAUUUGCCUUAACAGUACUAUUUUCUCAUCACCAAAAAGAAAAAGAAAAAGCACACCACAGUAUUUCUAGCAUGAGGACUGUGUUUGUAAGAGAAAUAAACAUAAUAAAUAUCUCUUGGAGACAUAUGGAAAAAUAACUCCGAUUCAGUCGAGCUCUGUUUCAGAAUGUGUUUAUUCUUCUCUACUUGAUUUCCAAAGUGCAACAUUUUCCGAAGCUUUAGAAAUCAAACAAACCAGGGACAUUGUUCAGAUGUCAAGCCGUGCCCAAUUUUCCACAAGAUUCAAGAAUCUUGUAUAAAAUUCAGCCAAUGUACACAUAGCUUUAAUGAGGAGCUUGUCAUGUUUCCCCAUAAAUUUAUUGCCUGAGAACUUAGUUCAGCCUUUUGCAAAUGCCAAAAUGCUCUCUGGCUUUUUAUUUUCUUUACAGCACAGAUAGGAAAAUGCAAGUGUUUCCACACUCAGUUUUCCCCUAGCAUGGACAAGAUUUUCAGCCAUCUUUGACACGUAUAGGUUUUUAAAGAGAAGUAUUUUUCUCUGUAACAAAGUUGUGGGUAUGCCAUUUUCAAGUUGGCUAGUCAGGAGAUUAGAUUUCCCUACCAAUUCUGUUUUGGAAAUAACAGAUAGUUAGUUCUCCUUCGUCCCUCUUCAAGCUGUUAAUGAUAGAAACUGUUGGCUAUAUGUGAAAAGCCACUUUAACUACCUUUUUAUAGCUGCGGUGAAUUUACCUAGAGCAAGCUAGCAGGAUGGAUAUAUUUAUGUAUGUUUUCUCCUUAGCACUUUGCCCUGUUGGUUAAAGUUUAAAUCUUCAAAAGGCCUGUUGUGAUUCUAUGUGUUGUGUGCUCAGCAAUACUUACAGAUGUUUUUUACAUGCUCCAGAUAAGUCCCUUGAACGUUCUGCUUUACUAGUUUUUUCAUUAGGUUAUUUGACAUGUGUUAUUUAAAUGAUCAGUGAUACUUUGUGUGAUUAUGAAUGUUGAAGAUUAA